AAAUGUCUUAAGAACCACGAGCAUAAACAGUUGGAGCUUUUGAUAAUAAAGUUAGUUCAAUUGUACCAUUGUCUUAAUUAAGAAGAAUUCAAUAAAACUGUUUUGGAACAUAGGAGAAUUUUGGAUUAAUCUAAAAGAUGGAACUGUAAAUAUUUGAUUUAGUGAUAAAGACAUGCAAAAUCAUAGGAAAGAGUAAAGAGAUGGCCAAAUACAAUAAAUGCAUUAAGAAAGAAGAAAGACUAAACAAGAUUUGAGAGAUUCAAAGCAGACGAAGAAGAAAGAAGAAGAUAAGGGGAAGAAGAAGCAGAAUAUUAAGCAUAAGUUAAAUAGGAAAUAUUGGAGAAAGCUAAUCGUUAAAUAUAUGAGGCAAAUCCAAGAGUAAGAUAAUUUUAAAGCAAAUUAUUAAUUACUGAUGUGAUGUAAGAGAGAGAUGCAUAAGUUGAAUUAAAUUAAUAUAAGAGAACUAUCUUAGAGUAAAUUUAUUAUAUCAAUCUUAUUUUAGUAUGAAGGAAUAAGCUCAUCAUGAAGAUGUAUUAGAGAAUGUGGCAAGAUUAUAAUAGAUAGAAGAUAUGAAAUUAGAAGAAAUGAAAAGAAAGAAAAUGGAAUAACGAAAAAUAUUGAAAUAAUAACAUGAUGAAAUGGUUAAUAAUCAUAUUAAAUUAAUAUAAAAUGAUAGAAUUGAAGGAUAAUUAAAUAAAGCUAAAGCUGAAUAAAUGAUAAAAGAUGAAGAAGAAGCUGAAAAUCAAAGAAAAAGAAAAAGAUUAGCAAAUAUUGAAGAAGUUAAAAGAGGUAAUGAAGAUCUCAAAGAAUAAAAAAAUCUUUAAAAAAUCAAAGAAUUAGAAGAUGAUGAAAAAAUUAGACUUUAUGCUGAAAAAAAAGAAAAAAUUAUGGAAAUGAGAAAAAAAAGAGAAGAACUCAAAUUUAAAGAAAAGUAAGAAUAAAGAUAAAAAUUGAUUGAUACUUAAAUAGCUAAAUUAGAAUCUAUUGAACAUGAGAAUUAGAGAAUUCUGAAUAAAUAAAUUUAAGAAGCAGAAAUUAAAGCAGAAGAAGUUGAAAGAAUUAAAAGAGAAAAAUAAAUACAAUUGAAAAAGAGAAUAGAUGAAAGUAGGAAAAUUACUGCAGAAUUUAAAAUUAAAGAUACAGAAUAAAGAGUAAAGAAUGAUAAAGAAUAUUAAGAAUAUUGGAAAUAAAGAGCUGAAGAAUUAAAAAAGAUGGAAGAUGAUGAAAAUGAUUAAAUUAGAUAAAGAAGAGUUUAACUUAAAAAUUUCUAACUUACACAAAUUGAAGAAAAAUAGGUAUUAUUAUAAUAUAUAAAUUUUCAAUAGAAAUUAAGAGAAUAACAAAUUUUAUAAGAUUUGGAUGAAGCUGAAGAAAUACUCAGAAAAAAAGAAUGUUCUACAAGAACAUUCACAUCUUGGGCAUAGAGAGCAGUUGAAGAAUGGUAAAGUAAUGGAAAAAAUGUAUAUCCUAUGCUUAAAGAACUUACAGCCUAAUAAUAAUGAUGAC